AUGGCAUGUAACAAGAAUGGCACAGAGGUUAAUGAAUUCGUCUUUGUAGGAUUAACAGAUAUCCCAGAGCUUCAGAUUCUUCUCUUCAUAAUAUUCAUCCUUAUCUACCUCUUCACCUUAAUAGGAAACUUGGGUUUGGUAGCCCUGAUUUGGGUGGCAUCCACUUUACAUACCCCGAUGUACUUUUUCCUCAGUGGCCUAUCUCUGGUAGAUUUAGGUUCCUCUUCAGCUAUUAUCCCCAAAGUGAUUGCUGGGAUCAUCACAGGGGACAAGACCAUCUCCUACAAUAGCUGUGCUUCACAAAUGUACUUUUUUGUCUCUUUUGCCACUGUUGAAAAUUAUCUGUUGGCCGCCAUGGCCUAUGAUCGCCAUGUGGCUAUAUGUAAACCCCUACAUUACUCUACCAUCAUGACAUCAAGGAUGUGUGUUGCUCUAACCAUUGGUUGUUAUUUCUGUGGCUUCCUGAACUCUUCCAUCCACAUUGGCUUCAUUUUCAGCCUCUCUUUCUGUAGUUGCAAUGUUGUUAAUCAUUUCUUCUGCGACGUUCCUCCAAUUAUAACUCUCUCUUGCUCAGAUAUCCGCUUCACUGAAUUGCUGGUUUGUAUAAUGGGAGCAUUUAAUAUGGCUUUUUCUAUUUUUGUCAUUGUGACCUCCUACCUCUCAAUCUUCAUUGCCAUUCUGAGGAUCCGCUCUACUGAGGGUCGUCAGAAAGCCUUCUUCACUUGUGCUUCCCAUAUCUUUGCAGUGUCUUUAUUCUAUGGAGCAACCAUCUUCAUGUACCUACAGCCCUCAUCAGUUCAUUCCAUGGACACAGAUAAAAUGGCCUCUGUAUUUUAUACUAUGAUUAUUCCCAUGUUGAACCCAUUGGUUUAUAGUUUAAGAAACAAAGAUGUCAAAAAUGCUUUCAGAAAAGCUAUUAGAAGGAAGAAUCAUUAA